UGCAACAACCUUGGAAGAAGCUGAACCGGUACUUGCGGUUUACCAGCCUUGCAGUAAAAUGACGCGAGACGUGGGCCUGGAUGACGAGCUUCCAGACUGGGCUGGUGCCAAGGAGUUCUACCAGAAAUACGACCCCAAGGAUGUUAUUGGCAGAGGCGUAAGCAGUGUGGUCCGGCGAUGUAUACACAAGCAGACGGGCCAGGAGUAUGCAGUAAAAAUUAUUGAGGUAACCCCGGAGCGCAUGACCCCGCAGCAGCUGGAAGAAGUCCGCUUGUCCACCAGCAAAGAAAUUACCAUCCUGCGCCAGGUCUCCGGUCACCCUUUCAUCAUUACUCUUAUAGAUUCCUAUGAGACAUCCACCUUCAUGUUCCUAGUCUUUGAUUUGAUGAGGCGAGGUGAGCUUUUUGACUACCUUACAGAGAAGGUAACCCUCGGUGAAAAGGAGACCAGAUGCGUCAUGCGAGCCCUCCUGGAAGCCGUGAGCUACCUUCAUGAGAAUAGCAUCAUCCAUCGAGACCUCAAACCGGAGAACAUCCUCAUGAACGAUGAUCUUAGCAUCAAACUCUCCGAUUUUGGCUUCUCCUGCCAUUUGGAGCCAGGGGAGAAACUGCGAGAGUUAUGCGGUACCCCAGGCUAUCUGGCACCAGAGAUACUGAAAUGUUCCAUGGACGAGACUCAUCCUGGUUACGGGAAGGAGGUGGACCUCUGGGCCUGUGGCGUCAUCUUUUUCACCCUCCUGGCUGGCUCUCCCCCUUUCUGGCACCGCAAACAGAUGUUGAUGCUUCGGAUGAUCAUGGAAGGCCAGUAUCAGUUUGGUUCUCCNGUUUUUACUUCCAGUUUUUGGCAAAAAACAGCCAUAAUCUCCCGACUGCUGAAGGUAGAUCCUGUCGAAAGAUUGAGUGCUGAGCAGGCACUGCAACACCCCUUUUUCCAGCGCUACGGAAAGGAGCAGCGGCAUUUCAGCCCCUUCCAUAAAUUCAGGGUCAUUGCGUGGACAGUGCGGGCUUCCAUCCGCAUCUACUCCAGCUAUCGGCGAGUGCGUCCGGUCACAAAGGAGCUGCUGCUGUGCGACCCCUAUGCCCUCAAGGGAGUGCGCAAGCUGAUCGACGCUUGUGCCUUCCGAAUCUACGGGCACUGGGUCAAGAAGGGCGAGCAACAGAACCGGGCUGCCCUCUUUGAAAACAUGCCAAAGGCCAUCCAGUUGGUCUUGCUAGGCACAGAAGGCGAGGAGGCCCCGUCGUCAGCGGUGGAAGACCCUCUCAACUAGAGAGAUGCCUUCCAGUCCCCGUGAAACAGCACGGGGUGAUCCCUGGAUGCUGAGGGGCAGGGGGUGUACACGGAACUGAACCUUAUCCUUGCCCCAUUAGGGGUGGACAGCCAAUGGUUAGAGUCCUCCUUUGGGUUCCUCGUGCAUGGAAGAGACUGACUUUCUAGAGAACAGGAAUUUGGGGGAACCUUGAAUUUCGGACUGAUGGGACAAGAUUCCCCGAUUAUACCUGGAAGGUUGUUCUGGACCUGGGUAGGGCUAACAUCACACCAAUGGUGUUGGUCCAGAGGGAGGGGCUGGGGAGAGCAACAUGCUUCUGCUGCAAGACCCGGAGCCCCUGACGUAGCCUUUGCGCUGUAAGGACCGUUCAGGGGGGUCUCAUCCGUCAGUGCAGUCCCUUCGGCUGAAGGAACAGUCCGUGUCUCUGGAUUUGGUCAGUACUGGAGAUCAGUUGUGGGAUCAGGUUUUGCAUCUGUCCUUUUUGCUGCAAUCAGGUAGUGGACGUGGCCUUCCUGCUGAACUGCUUCUCGGUUUUUUUUUUGUUGUUGUUGUUGUCUGCCUUCCCCCCACCUUACGAUUGUCCAGACUAUAAUAAAAGUU